GCGGGCCGGGCGGAGCGGGGCGGAGGAGCGCGGCCAUGGCGGCGGCCCCGGCGGAGGCCGAGACCCGGCAGCGGCUGCUGCGCACCGUCAAGAAGGAGGUGAAGCAGAUCAUGGAGGAGGCGGUGACGAGGAAGUUCGUGCAUGAGGACAGCAGCCACAUCAUCUCCUUCUGCGCUGCUGUGGAAGCCUGUGUCUUGUACGGCUUGAAGCGGAGGGCGGCAGGGUUCCUGCGCAGCAACAAGAUAGCAGCUCUGUUCAUGAAGGUGGGCAAGAGCUUUCCUCUGGCAGAGGAGCUUUGCAAGAAGGUGCAGGACCUGGAGCAGCUCAUCGAGAAUGCACGAAAUCAAGUUCAGAGCAUCCCAGAGAACGUGCGCAAGAUGCCGAAGCUGCCCAACCUGUCUCCUCAGGCCAUCAAACACCUCUGGAUCCGCACAGCCCUCUUUGAAAAGGUCUUGGAUAAAAUCGUGCAUUACUUAGUAGAGAACAGCAGUAAGUACUAUGAGAAAGAAGCUCUCCUGAUGGAUCCUGUGGAUGGACCGAUUCUCGCAUCUUUAUUGGUGGGUCCCUGUGCACUGGAGUACACCAAGAUGAAGACAGCCGACCACUUCUGGACAGACCCCUCGGCCGACGAGCUGGUUCAGAGGCACCGGAUCCACAGCUCGCACUGCCGGCAGGACUCGCCCACCAAGCGCCCGGCGCUCUGCGUGGAUCUCUUCCAGAUUCAGAAAAGGCAUUCAAGUGGCAGUAUGGAUGACCGGCCGUCGCUGUCUGCCAGGGACUACGUGGAGUCACUGCACCAGAAUUCCCGGGCCACGCUCCUGUAUGGCAAAAACAAUGUCCUGGUGCAGCCGCGAGACGACAUGGAGGCGAUCCCAGGAUACCUGUCCCUUCACCAGACUGCCGACAUCAUGGCGCUGAAGUGGACUCCCAACCAGCUGAUGAAUGGCUCCGUGGGGGAUCUGGACUAUGAGAAGAGCCUAAGCUCUAAAACUUCCCAGUGUCAAGACGUGACCAAGGAAGCGAGGAGUCAGAUGACAAACGUGUACUGGGACUAUGCCAUGACUAUUCGCCUGGAGGAGAUCGUCUAUUUGCACUGCCACCAGCAAGUAGACAGCGGUGGAACGGUUGUCUUGGUGAGCCAGGAUGGGAUCCAGAGGCCUCCGCUGCGGUUCCCCAAAGGAGGGCACUUGCUGCAGUUCCUGUCCUGCCUGGAGAACGGCCUCCUGCCCCACGGGCAGCUGGACCCACCCCUCUGGUCACAACGGGGAAAGGGGAAGGUGUUUCCCAAGCUGAGGAAGCGAAGUCCCCAGGGCUCCUCCGAGUCUGCAUCCGACAAGGAAGAUGACGAAGCCACAGAUUAUGUUUUCAGAAUAAUCUACCCAGGGACGCAGUCUGAAUUCGUUACCAUUAAUGGUACUUUUCACCCAUUCCUUGCGUCUGUGAUCUCCGUCACUGCUGGGAGAAGGAAGACUGCCAGGACUGCGGCUGCAGGCAGGACGGUGGUGAUCCACAAGCGGUCUCCGAAUCUCUCCACCGCAUCCCGACCCCGGCUUGCGGCUCUGGGGGCCGCUCAGUGUCAGUUGCCCCAGGACCUGAUGGACGCGCAGGGUGCUGGCCUGCCUCCCAUGUGGCAACCCAACACCCGCAAGUCCUCCUGCUCCUCCUGCUCUCAGAGCGGCUCCUCUGAUGGCGGGCCGUCCAACGGCUGCAGCCACGAAAGAGCUCCGCUGAAGCUCCUGUGUGACAAUAUGAAGUACCAGAUCCUCUCCCGGGCUUUCUAUGGCUGGCUGGCCUAUUGCAGACACCUCUCCACGGUGCGAACCCACCUCUCGGCCCUGGUUAACCACAACAUCGUGUCUCCUGACGUGCCCUGCAAUGCUAGCUCGGGACUGACUGUGGACAUAUGGCAGAAGUACCUGGAGGACAGCACGAGUUACGAGGACCAGGAGCUGCUGCGGCUGAUCUACUAUGGUGGGAUCCAGCACGAGAUCAGGAAGGCUGUCUGGCCCUUCCUUUUGGGCCACUAUCAGUUUGGGAUGACAGAAGCAGAAAGGAAAGAGGCCGACGACCAGAUCCGCACCUGCUAUGAGCACACCAUGGCGGAGUGGCUGGGCUGCGAGGCCAUCGUCCGGCAGAGGGAGAAGGAGUCGCACGCGGCAGCCCUGGCCAAGUGCUCCUCUGGGGCCAGUCUGGACUCCCACAUUCAGAGGAUGAUGCACAGAGAUUCGACCAUCAGCAAUGAGUCUUCGCAGAGCUGCAGCUCCGGCCGACAGAAUCACGCCCGGCUGCAGAGCGACUCCAGCUCCAGCACGCAGGUGUUUGAAUCGGUGGAUGAGGUGGAACAGACCGAAGCAGAUGCUCAGCUGGAAGAUGGAAAACAAAGCAAGAUCCCCAACGGGAACGUUCCCAAUGGCACGUGUUCGCCUGAUUCUGGCCAUCCCUCUUCCCAGAACUUCUCCAUUGCGUCGGGAUUCUCAGAGCGCAGCUUCAGCAACGAGGACAGCGCCCUGGAAACCAACAAGUCCUCAGCCAGCUCGCAAGGGAAGGCCGGUGGGUCCGACGCCACAGCCCUGCAGGACCUGGAUGGGGCCGCGCAGGGGGAAAAGCUGCAGGGUCAGGACAGCCUGGAAGGUGAAUUUCCCACCGGUGGAAGCCUGGACUUCGUUCCUGUGGGGGAGAGCUCAGCAGGGGUCCUGCGUGGGCGUGAUGCUGUGGCCCUGACGGUGGUAGAGAGCUGGGCAGACAGCGAAGCCGAAAAGCAAAGCUUGGUGGAGAGUGAAGAUAACCUCUCUGAGGAGCCAGAGAUGGAGAGCUUGUACCCGCAGCUGGAUUCCCUGGCUGUGGUGGAUCUGGCCAACAGCGAAGCAUCUCCUGUCUCCUCGACGGGUGUCACCUACUCUCCAGAGCUCCUGGACAUGUACACAGUGAACCUGCACCGCAUUGAGAAGGACGUGCAGCGGUGCGACCGCAACUACUGGUACUUCACCCCCGCCAACCUGGAGAAGCUGCGCAACAUCAUGUGCAGCUACAUCUGGCAGCACAUUGAGAUUGGCUACGUGCAAGGGAUGUGUGACCUGCUGGCCCCUCUCCUGGUCAUCCUGGACGAUGAGGCUCUGGCUUUCAGCUGUUUCACUGAGCUCAUGAAAAGGAUGAACCAGAACUUCCCCCACGGGGGAGCCAUGGACACCCACUUCGCUAACAUGAGGUCCCUGAUCCAGAUUCUGGACUCUGAGCUCUUUGAGCUGAUGCACCAGAAUGGGGAUUACACUCACUUCUACUUCUGUUACCGGUGGUUCCUCCUCGACUUCAAGAGAGAGCUGGUGUACGAUGAUGUGUUCGCCGUCUGGGAGACCAUCUGGGCAGCUGCACACGUUUCCUCCACACACUAUGUGCUCUUCAUAGCCCUGGCUUUGGUGGAAAUGUACCGGGACAUAAUCUUGGAGAACAACAUGGAUUUUACAGACAUCAUCAAAUUUUUCAAUGAAAUGGCCGAGCGGCACAACACCAAGCAGAUCCUGAAGCUGGCUCGGGACCUUGUGUACAAAGUCCAGACUUUGAUCGAGAACAAGUGAAGGAUGUGGAGAAGACGAGGCAUCCAAAGAGCCGGGACUCCCCUUCAAUGCUUCCUCUCCCUCUCCUUUUCCGUGACGUGCCACGCCUGUGGAAGGAAGGUGGUUGGACAUGCACUGCUGUCCAAGCCGGAGGCAGCCCCAGCUCUCCCAGUGCUGUGCUCAGUGGUAGGUCCGGGGGCCCUGGCUCAGAUCUGCGCAGCAUUCUCCAGUGACUUAACCAAAGAUCUGUACAAUCACACUUUAUUGCUAAAGACUUCUUUGGAAGCAGGACCAGGCAGUCGCUUCCUUGCCUUGCUGCAGCGGAGGUGUGGCACUGGGUUACCACCACCACUGCAGAGGCAGCUGCCAGCGUCCCAGCUCGGAGCUGGGGGUCUGGGAGGGCUGGGCUGCCAGCCCCCGGGGCUGACGGGCUCGACAGCCUUUGCUGGGAGGAAAUCAAGCUGCUUCCUUCGACAGCCCUUACCCAUGGCACGGGGAAGCUGGCCAGCCCUGCGAUCCCAGGCAGGACAGGGAUGCUGCCAGUACUCAGUUUCUUACAAGUGUUACGAGGCUCUGCCAGUAACAGAGGGGCUUCGAUCACAGAAAUUCCUCUUCUUUUGACCUUGUCCCUUGAUGCAUAGCAUUUCCUUUAGUGUUUUUAGGGCUCCGUUCUCUCCCUCGGAUUUUUACACUGUUUGUUACUACAGUAUCUGAGCACACAGGAGUUUUGUCUGGGGAUGGAUUUUCGGAAGAGCUCCAAAGUCAGCAGUGGGUUUCUCUUUCAAAAUCCAGCCUCUGUAACACUCUGAACCUGAAAAAUCUGGUCCUAGCCUCAUCUGGGAGCUCUAGACUUGAGGUUUUUGCCUUAUUCUAGCUGCUUGUGUUAGCAGCCUGGUCUCCUGAUUGUUCUCCUGCAACCCAUGUUAGGGGAGAGCUCCUUGGAAGGCAAGUCAGAGCUCCUGGCUUCAGUGACUGCCCUGACUUUUCCCUCUGAAGGUGCCUGUCUCUUCCUCUAUUAAUCAAAAGACCAGCUGCUUACAUCUAAACAGUGCAAACAAUCUCCUUGGUGCCUGCAGGUUUUCUGUGUGCUUACGGGGCUGGUUGCAAAGCCCUCUAAGCCCACUGAAAGUCUCCGGUUAGGUCCCGGUGGGCUGCUUUCACCUGCGAAGGACCAAAUAGCCCAAGGUCCCUGAGCGGUCUUUGCUUUCGGAAGAUGCACUUCUGUGGCCACCUUUCCUGCAGUGGCUCUCCAGCAUUGCACCCCUGGAGCACGCUGCGUGAAGUGCCUACCAGCACUACCAGCGUGAGAGCUGAGCUUCUGUGCCAUGCUGUGGCCGUGUUACGGAGGGUUUGGAUUCAUUUCUCAACUCAGGUAAAAAAAAAAAAAAAGGAAAAGGAGAAUGUAGGUUAGUGGCAGGCCGAGUUCAGCCAGAGGGAGAUUCGCCAUGGCCACAGAAAGCUGCCGUGAGGGUGUGCUUUCAGCAGCAGGGAAGAUGCUAGGCUGUAGCUCUCUAUAAGGGUACUUUCUCUCAAGUUUUGCUGCAAAAAUCUGUGUUCCCCCUCCAUGCGAUGUGCGACGCGUGCGUGCUGUCCUCCUCCCCCCUGCAAGAUAAGGGCCUGCUCUUCUCUCGCUGGUGGAGCGCUGCUCGCCAGCAGGGAAGAGGGGCCCUUCCCUUCCAUGGGACACCUGUGCUGAUGUGCUCUGUGUUUACCUGUGGCGUGUGUUAGAUGUUGCUUGAACAGAACAGAUACAGAGCUGCAGAAGAGAGAACUGAUGCUUCCGAGGCGUUCUGCAGUUGUGGUGAAGCAGUUUGGGUAAGUCAGCUACUCCUGCAGUGCUGGGACUCAGCUCCCAGCUGUAAGUAGGGAGCAGUGCGUACCAAAAUCUGCAGGGAAGAGGACUGCGGCAGGCGGUGAGGGUGAUGGGGAGCCUUUCAUUUCUUACAAAGCCAAAACAAAAGGUGUACCAACGGUCUGGGAAAUUGCUUGAAGAAGUUUUCUACGUGAAACUUCCAAAGAGUGCUUGGUCUGCAGUCUGCGGUAGCAAGGGAAACAAAAGCAGUUGAGCUUUGAAUCUGCAGAUUUCUGCGGGAUUCUCUCAUUUUCCAUAAAGCAGGAAGCUCGUGCCCUCCCUGCCAGCCUGUUCCUGCUCUGUCUAGGUCUCGGGGCAGGCAAGCAUCCGCCUGCGUAGCCUCUUCCAAAGGGGAAGUGCUCUGCCCUUCCCUCUCUGAGGGGCGAGAACCAAUGGGUUAACUGAAACAGUCUUAACAAGCAACAUCGCUGACACUUUUAUCUUUCAAGCUUGUUUUCCUUUUCUUGGUUUUUAAACAAAAACAGCCAAGAAAAUCUGCACAAUAUUUGCUGUCUGCAUUAACAGAGUGUCUCUGGGCCGCUCAAUAGCAGUGUUUUUUGAAUAACUUCUGGGGGGGAAAAGUAUUUAUUUAUUGACUGUACAUUACUGUGUGUCCUUGUAUACUGAAGUGUGUGAGUGUGCGUUGUUAUGCAAAUGGAGAUCUAUCUUUUCAAUGUUGCAAACAUAUCUUGUAAAUGUUUACCAGAGAAUUGUGUCUAUAUAUAGUAUAUAUAUAUACAGCAUAGAGAGAAAUCUGUGAAUUAAGCGGGUUAUUUUUUGAGGGGGGGAGAAGAAAUCUAUUGCUUCAA